AUGUCUUUGGGAAACCAAAGCCUUGUGACUGCAUUUUUCAUCGUUGGUUUCCCUGGACUUCAGCCAGAGUUCUAUGGGCUUGUGUCAGCUGUGUUACUAUUUGUUUAUAUUUGCAUUUUAAUGGGAAAUGUUUUAAUUCUUGCAUUGUUCGUAACAGACCGGGAUCUUCAUAAACCCAUGUAUUUUGUUAUUUUAAAUCUGGUUGUAUCUGACAUUCUCUUUAGCACCACCACAUUACCCAAAAUUAUAGCCAGGUAUUGGUUUCAAGCAGGAGCCAUUUCAUUCACAGGUUGCUUUGUCCAGAUGUACUUUGUGCACUAUUUUGGUUCUGUAAAUGCAUUCAUUCUAUUUAUAAUGGCUUUAGACCGGUAUGUGUCAAUCUGUUUUCCGCUCCGAUAUCCCCUUAUUAUCAAAAACUCCACUAUUCAUAUUCUCUGUGCCACUGCAUGGAUAACCUCAAAAGCUUGCCCACUCAUGAUGGUAAUUAGAGCCUAUCCUCUUCCCUACUGUUCCUCAAAACAAAUUGUUCAGUGCUACUGUGAUCAUAUUUCUAUUACAACGCUUGCAUGCACUGACAGAACCCCUUAUAGUUUACCUGCUUUUGUCUUUGCCAUGGUGGUUUUACUUGGACCUCUUGCCUUCAUUAUAUUAUCAUAUUGCUCAAUUAUUCUUGCAGUUAUUAAGAUUGCGACUACCCAAGAGCGCUUCAAAACCCUUUCUACCUGUAGUAGCCAAAUAAUCAUUAUUGCCCUCUAUUUUCUGCCCAGAUGUUUUAUUUAUUUGUCCAGCAACAUUGGCAUUGUAUUCAGCCCUGAUGUACGUAUUGUUAUUAUAAUGCUGUACAGCCUGCUCCCUCCUAUGAUUAAUCCUCUAAUAUAUUGUUUCAAGACGAAAGAUAUAAAACAGAGCUUGAUGAAAAGAUUUAAGCAUUCCACUGCUCCAAAGAAAGAGAAUGUCUUUACUUUAAGCCAAUGA